AUGUACCUUCCGGGCAUCCUUGCGUCGCUGGUAUCGGUUGCCACCCUGACGACACUCGCGGCGGCUGACUUGAGGAUUACCGCGGAUCACCAUUCGUUUGGUGGUGUCAAUUUUCCUUCUCUUCAAUUUCUAGAGCCCUCGUACAGGGAUGAACUCAUUCGAGCUGUCGUGAAGAGCAAUGCUCGUGUUAUUCGAUUGUUCAUUCGGGGGGACAAUGACCAUGGAGACCCUGAGCCGGAACUAGGAACAUUCGAUCGCACUAUGCUCGAUCAAAUCGACGAUACCUUGGCAGCCAUUCAUCGAAUCUCCAAAGGCCAAGUCAAAGUCAUCAUCGCACCACAUGACGCACACGCGCUUCGUAGCUCGAACGACGUGCCAUGCGAUGCCUACUGCAAGAAGCUCGACGGUGCUUUUCUAGAUUUCUACAGCAGCGAAGACUUCCGGAAGCUCUACAAGACCCGCCUGGAGGUCUUCUUCAAACAUUAUCCGUCCAAGAACUUCGACGGAAAGACAUGGGCCCAGCUAAACGAAGUUAUCUUGGGGGUUGACCUCCAGAACGAGCCAUGGUCCGGCAUCUGGCCAAUUGUCGCCGGAGAGUCCUGGAUUUGUGACAUAGCAACUCACCUCAAAGACACGCUGGGGCUUGGCGAGAGCAACAUUGCUGUCAUCACGGGCGGUAUUUCCGGAGCUCAAACACCGGAUGGCAUCCAAAACUUCCCAGACUCCGCAUUCGAAUGUCCAGCUGUCGAUGUCAUUGGCAUUCACGGUUACUUUGCUGAAGGAAACGGCUUAACAGCCGGGACUCCAUGGGCGAAUCUCUUCCUUCCUAGCAACACGCUGACCGCUCGCUCAUUGGAUAAAAAGCUCCUUCUGGUCGAAGAGUGGGCGUACGUGCAUACCGAUCGUGGCCACCACUACAAGAAGAAAGCCAUUUUUGAUCAAGGAAAUGCUCUCAACUACCGCGGUAUUCCUUGGCUGUAUUCGCACGCCUCGUUCCGCGACGAAGGCACAACCGCUAGAGUCAACCUUCUCCGCGGACAAAACUUCGCCGUUGGUGCCCUAACAGACGUUCUCAACCGCGCCUACAAAGCUCGCAACAACUUUGACUGGUCCAGGUAUCUCCCGGCACCACCAACAGGCCUCACCAAUCUCACCGUUCUCCCCCUCAACCCAUACAUCCCGCAGCAAAGCGAAUGCGUCUUUGGCUGCGAAGGCCAUCUCUGCGAUGCACCUGAUGGCUGCCAGCCCUCCCUCAUCUGCAAAAACAGCGUCUGCCAAAGCGCCCCCGAGACGCAACCGGGCAAAAUCGACGACGAAUGCAACAGCAAACAAGUCUGCCAGGAGCACCUCACCUGCGCCGACGGCCUUUGCCAAGCAUGCGAGAACCGGCCCACCAUCCAACCCGAAGACUACCCGCGCCAGUUCACCGUCUACAACGACCCCGACGGCCAAUGCGCCCUAGACAAAGACCGCCCCUUCCGCAUGCGCCCCGUCUGCUCCCUCCCACCACCGCAAACCUCCCCUUCCCGCCGCGGCAACCCCUGCCAGAACGCCGCGCACUGCGACGCAAACGAGUACUGCGACUGGGGCUUCUGCCGCCUCUGCACAGAAGGCUGUCUCGGCAUGACGUGCCGCAGCAGCAACAAGUGCAAGACGGGCUACUGCAACACGCACGGCCGCUGUGACUACCCCGGCAAGCCGAAGGUCCAGUUCGGGCCGGGCGCAAGAGCAUCCACGAGGGAUCGGAAGGGGCCGGGGUGGAAUGCGGGCCCGCGGGGUAUGGAGAGGGGCCCGAAUAAGGUGCGCGAUGAGGCGUUGAGGAUUAAUAUUCCGAAGGAGAGUGUGAGAGCCACCGGUGGUCCUGCUGCUGCCGCGGCCGCGACGGGCAUGUCGUGA